UAAACAGACUAUUUGAACACGGCGGAAUAAAGCCAAAAAACUCUGUUCCGGCAAACAUGGCCUCCUCCAAGAGCGAGUACGCAUUCUACUCGCCGAUCCCAUCCGGUCCCAACAACCCACAGUCUCAGCAAAACGUCAUCGUUCUAACUCAUUACCGUCCCACCCCCCACUACUACUGCGGACGCUCUCUCCGCCUCUGCAUCUCAAUCACCGCCUCCAUACUCCUCCUCUCCGCCGCAGUCUUCUUCCUCUACCCCUCCGACCCCACCCUCCACCUCGCCCGAAUCAAACUCAACCAUGUCCGAGUCAACACGUCCCUCAAACCCACUCUCGACCUAUCCUUCUCUCUCACCAUCAGAGUUCGCAACCGCGACUUCUACUCCUUGAAUUACGACUCGCUCAAAGUCACGGUGGGGUACCGCGCGAGGGAGCUAGGUUUUGUGAUCUCCGACGGAGGGCACGUCAGGGCCAGAGCGUCGUCGUACGUGAACGCCACGCUCGUGGUCGACGGGCUUGAGGUCCUCCACGACGUGUUUUACUUGCUUGAGGAUUUGGCGAAAGGGGUAAUUCCCUUUGAUACCGAUACGGCGGUGGAUGGAACUUUGGGGGUUUUGUUCUUCAAGAUUCCGAUCAAGGCAAGAGCAUCGUGUGAAGUGUAUGUAGAUACAAACAAUCAGACAGUUCUUCGUGAAGACUGCUACUCUGAGUGAUAUCAAUGGAGUUCUGCUGUUUAAUCUCGAAUUUCGGUGCUGAAGGCGAAGAUGACAGUUCCGGUUUCUGACAACUUCCAUUCCCUGUGCAUAAUUAUCGACUUCAGGCCGAUCGCAAUCAGCAUGUAGAAUGUGAACAGAGUGCUUGAUUGAAUAGCAAAAGAAAAUCAUUCGAAGGAAUUCGUUUAGCUUGUGUUUUACAAUUCAAAUUACAGAGAAUGUAAAUGAAAUCCCGUGGGGAAGGCUUUUAAUUGCUUCA